AUGGGCAAGCCAGUUAUUAAGCCUUUGGUGGUGCUCUUGCUUUCACUUAUCUUGGUGAGCGAGUGCGCGGCGAUUCGUAGUCAGAAAAGGCGAAUGGGGCAGCGAGUGCAGUUAAGUUUGGAAGAAUGUGGUGACCUGGAAGCCAUUGAACCGGAUUAUUACCGCAUUGAAGCAGAAGGUGGUGUGACAGAGUCGUGGAACCACACCAACAAGAUGCUCCGCUGCGCCGGCGUCGCACUCGUUCGCCGUACCGUUAAACCCGGUGGCCUCGUCUUGCCAUCCUACACUAAUGCUCCACAGCUUAUGUACUAUGUCCAAGGAAGUGGCAUUCAGGGGAUGACGAUAUUUCCUUCAUGUCCCGAGUCAUUUGAAGAACCCGAAGAAGCGGGUCAAGAAUACAGAGAGCAGCAUCAGAAGGUGCAUGAAAUCAGAGGAGGCGAUAUCAUAGCCAUACCUCCAGGAAUAGGUUACUGGUUCUACAACAACGGUGAUGUUCCCCUUGUUGUCGUUAUCCUCCUUCACACUAAUAACGUCGCUAAUCAGCUAGGCACACUCCCAAGAAGAUUCUACAUUGCUGGGAAUACGGAAGAUGAACAUGGAGAGGGCGGAAGAGAGAAAAGCAUUAGCGGAAGGAACGUGUUCAGCGGAAUCAACGUGAAUUUGUUGGCCCAGGUGUUUGGUGUGAGGGUAGAGACGGCGAGGAAGAUACAAGGCCCUGAUGAUAAGAGAAAGAACAUAGUCAUGGUGGAGGGAGGUCUUGAUGUUGUUAGGCCCGAGCCAGGCUCACGGGCCAACGCUAACGGCCUUGAGGAGACUAUAUGUACCCUCAGGGUCCGAGAGGCUGUCGGCAGUGCUGCACGUGCAGAUAUCUAUGUGCCGCAUGCCGGUCGGAUCGCCACUCUUAACAGCAUCAAGCUCCCUAUUCUCGCUGAUCUCCAACUCAGUGCUGAGAGAGGCGUUCUUUACAAGUAUGGUGUUUAUGUUCCACAUUGGAACCUGAACGCCCACAGCGUAAUGUACGUGACGGGAGGGCGUGGUCGAGUUCAGGUGGGGGAUAACAAAGGGAAGAAUGUUUUCGACAACGUGAUGGAAGAGGGUCAAGUUGUAGUCAUCCCCCAGAACUUUGUGGCGGUGAUGCAUGCUGGGGAAGAAGGGUUCGAGUGGAUAGCAUUCAAAACAGGGGAGAACGCCAUGAUCAACACCUUGAUCGGAGAAUCAUCGGCCAUCAGGGUGCUGCCAGUCGACGUGGUUGCAAACAUGUAUCAAGUGAGCAGAGAAGACGCUCAGAGGAUCAAAGAGGCAAGAGAUCAGGCAAUCUUGUUUACCUUGCCUCCUCUUGAGGAGGAGGAGACAGAUGGAAUGGCUAAGGCUUAG